ACAGGGCACUUCCGUGAAAGAUCAAUCUUCAAUCUAGAUUUGCAGACAUGAAAAUACUCUUGUUGUUCGCAGUUCAUUCAUUAGACGCUAUAAAUGAAGCAGGUGAUAUCGAAUCAAGUAUUACUUUCCAUUGAGCUUUCACAAAAGGAUGAGUUCCUGGAUCGUAGCUUACGCAUUGCUUGCAAUUCUUCCUCUCAUAGUGGGGCAGAAUUGCACCAAAACUGUCAGCACACCAUAUCUUGCAACGUCUUCAAGUAGGAUCAAACGAAACACAAUAUGCCACCAUAAAUGUUGGUUUUGGUGGAAAAAGCAAAUCGACACGAGUUUCAACAGCUUGGACCACUGCUCGAUAAAUUACAAGACGGAGAAGCAAUCGGUUUGUUGUGAGGGUUACAAGAAGAUGGCAUCCGGGAAAUGUGAGCCCAUUUGUCACGGUUGCCAAAACGGGCGUUGUACCGCUCCAAAUGUGUGCAGCUGCGAUAAGGGUUUCCGUAAUUUGAUGGGAAUCUGCGUUCCGAUUUGUGAUAAUCCCGAGUGUGGUCACGGCACGUGUGAAGCACCUGGGAAAUGUUCCUGUCACGAAGGAUACGAGUUGGAUCGUGCCAAAGGAUGCGUUCCGAAAUGUGAUCCACCCUGUUUGAAUGGAGAUUGUGUUGAUCGAAAUACCUGCGAGUGUUUCUCUGGGUAUCAAAAGACAUCGGAAUCCAACGUUUGCGUGCCGGUGUGCGAUCCAAAACUAGCGGAUUGUGGCAAUGGAACCUGCGCUGGACCAAACCGUUGCACCUGCGUAGCAGGAUUUGUAUUCGAGAAGAAUCGAUGCAUACCGCAGUGUGAUCCUUCUUGCGUCCAUGGAAGCUGUACCAAGCCCAAUAUCUGCUCUUGCAGGGAAGGAUUCGUCAACAGUGUAGCAAAACCAGCUGAGUGUAUUCCCUUCUGCGAUGGCGGUUGUCAGAAUGGAACCUGCGUUGCUCCCGGCACUUGUGAGUGUCUUGGAGGGUUUGAGCAAUCGAAUGACGAUCCGAAUGUGUGUGAGCCAAGCUGCGAUCCGAUGUUCGUGGACACCAGGAGGGGAGAGUGUGUUGCGCCCAAUGUGCUUGAAUGCGAUCCGGGAUAUGUGCUGGACUAUUCAACGCUUUCCGGAAGGAUGUUUUGUAGAAGGUUGUGAAUGAAUACUUUCAUUAAAAUGUUAAGCCUAAU